AUGUGGUGGCAAAUUUUAAAAAAACUUAAUUCGCAAAUCAUUUACUUAAUCUUUAAUUGUUUUCUUGCUACUGAUUUGGUAAGUGUUGCUUCGGUAAAGAAUUUGAAUUACAAUGUCAAAAAAUACCGUGUUUAUAUUAUCACUUUUUCAAUUUACUUUGUGUCAUUCGAACUAACUGCUGUUUUGCGUGUUUAUGUAAUUCCUGUUUUAGGUACACGAUAUGGUUUAGCUUGUACUAAAAAAGGUGUUGAGGAAACUACUGGCGCAACCACUGUGUCGCUUUGUUCCAGUUGUUGGGUAUGGCGUGAGCUACCACCAAAUUAUUUUCCCAGAUACAUUAACGAACUGAUAUGUGAUGAGUCAGAUAACGCUUGUUUAUCCGGCUAUGCUACUUGUACGCCAGGCAAUCGCAACUUGGAGGUGCUACGAAACGACACGGGUGUAAUGAAUCUAGUUUCACUUACUGCCGGCACCUAUUGUGAAUGUAAAGUUUCUCCGCACUCUGCCUUAUACAGUCUGGUGCAAGGUACAGGCAUAUCGGAAUCACUACCGCCACUUUAA